UAGAGAUAUAGUAAAAGGUCAAAGUUGAGAAAUAUAAAUAAAUACGAUAUACAUGAUGAAAUAUACGAUAUAUAUUGUCAUCUUAAAAAUGCAAUUGAUGUUGCAUUAAGGUCUUAUUGAAGUUAAGACGAUAUUACCAGGCAAACUGUCAUUAUGAAUUGAACGAAAUUUCAAUUUAUAAUAUCAAAGCUACUAAAAAUGUAUCUAUCAAUGAUAUUGAUAACGCUAUUUCUUACACAAUUUAAUAUUUACCUUAGAUACAGUCUAUUAAAUCUAAGUAGUCCCUUUCAUUGUUGAGAAACCACCAAAAAUAACUUCGAACCAUGAAAUUUCAAACAUCAGAAAAUAAAACAAUAAAAGAUAGGUUCUUACUUCAUAAACUGUACUUUUUUAUAAACAUAUUUCUCAUUUUGCCAAUAAUUUCUUUAUUUCUCAUUAUUAUAUAUUAUAUAACUUUAUAGGAAAGUACCAUCACAAAUGACGGUUAUUGUUGGAACCAAUUAUUUAUCCCAACCUGGUAUUGUUCACACAGUCAACAAAUUGAUUUGGCACGAAUUUUACAACGAAUACCUGACCCAUAAUGAUAUCGGCUUAAUACUCGUAAAUGGAUACAUUAAAUAUAACGAGAAAAUUCAGCCGAUUCCACUCGCAAAGGUAUAUUACGUACCUCAAGAAACAAACGCUGUGGUAACCGGUUGGGGAAAAUUAAACAGUGGAUCAGGCGGUAUGUCUAACGUAUUGCAAGCGCUAAAUGUAACUAUAGUGUCGCAGGAAGUGUGCCAAAUGUACGAUUGGAUGGCAACAAAAAAUAAUAUAUGCACGAGUGCAAAACGGAAUCAAGAAGCUUGUUCCGGUGACCCUGGUAGUCCUUUGGUUUUUAAUGGUAUACAAGUGGGGAUCGUUUCUUAUGGUCGACCAUGUGACUACCUCAGCGUGUACACCAGAGUGUUUCCUUACGAACAGUGGAUAAAUAAUAUUACAAGUAAUUACCAUGGUAUAGGAUCUCAAGUAAAUUCAAAUAUGUGGUCUAUAUUGCUGCUUGCAGUAUCAAUAAUCGUCUUCUCUUUACAGUAGUAAAGAGUUUUGUCGUAAGAGUAUUAAGUUUUUUAUUAACUUUAAAUUCGAAUAAUCAGUAGAUACCUAUUAAGUUGAAAAAUAAAGAUGGAAGGAAGAUAAUUGAUAUACAAAUUGACGAUAUAAAUUAUAACUGACGUAAGUUGUAUAAUACCAUUAAAACACAUAUUUUUUCGAUCACCCACAAAGUGAAGGUAACGGAAAUUUAUUCGCGAAUAUCAGUAAAUUAACAAAUAACGUGAUAACUAUUAUUAAAAUUAUAAUCUUAUACUAGUGAAAUUAUUUACCUAAUUUACUUUAAUAAAAUUAACCGGAAUUAAGUAGAAACAAAAAAUCAUCGGAAACUAUAUUUUUACAAUAUCUUAACAGAAGGUCAUAGAAGAAGUUGUCUAAUUGACCUACUAAGACAUCCACUUCGUAGUCUAAUUCUACUUCAGUUUCAGCCUUUUUUCAAUGGGAGGUUUGAAAUUACCGUAUUUCGGGAAAAGUCGAGGUACAGUAAAUCUUCUUGUUCUCCAACAUUGAGAACAAUCUCCAUACUAAUUGCAUGCUGAUAAAUGAAAUAACAGUGGAAUAACCAAUAUCCUUGACAAUAAAAAAUAUUGAUCAAUAAAUUAUUGUUAUUAUAUCAACUGUUAAUUUCAACAUUGUAAAAUAUUCAAAUAUUUAUAAACACUGCUUUUAGAAAAUUUUGCACAGAUUUAAAUAUCUAACUUGUAAUUCCUUAUACAAAUCUAAAAUAUUUCGAUAAUUUUAUGAAGUGAUCCUCAAAAUGUUUUAUGUUGGGAAAAAUAUGGACCAGCUAAACUCACGG